AUGUUGACUGCUUCUCGUGGCUAUCCAUAUACACUUCUUCUUCUCAAACUUUUGCCUCUUAAACGAGUGGCUGUCCCAAGAUUUUACACCUUGGACAAUUCUAGCUCCACAUCUGGAAUAGAAUGUUACAGAGACUUGCAGAGGUAUUUCAACAGGAGAGUGAGAGCCGCAUAUCUCCUCUACUCUGCUGUACCUAACUUUUCAAGGGUUUGCAGUCUUCAUCAUAUUUAUUAUAUUGAUACAGAUGGGGUCUACAGAAUAGAUAAACAAAAUGCAGAUCAAUCACCAGAUAAAGUACUUGAUCUACAACAGUUGUUUAAAAAGGGUGGAUCAGAGCAAAAACAGCAUGUGCCUUGGGCUGUCCAGAGAAUACGUGUAUCGCCACAAGAAAAACAUCUUGCCGUAACUCUUAAAAAGUAUCAAUCGGAAGAGCAGAGAUGUGUAAUUAUAAGCCUUGGACAUGGGCCUUUAUUUCCACUUGUUCAGCUGGAGAAAGUAAUCAGCUUUGAGUGGGCCACAGAUGAUGUCCUGUAUUACACUACUCUCAAUGGUCUGCGAAGUAGAAUCGCUUUUCGCCUCGACUUAACAAAGAACAGAACAAUUACAUCUGUAUUUGAAGAGCCAAAGCUUGAUGUUUUUGUGGAAGUAGCCGUCACUCGAGAUCAGAAAUUUCUCACCAUUAACUCGAACAGCAGAAGCAGCUCUGAAGUGCUCGUCCUUGACAAAGAAGAUCAGAGUCAAGAAAUAUUCCUAGUUCAAAAACGUCUUCCUGAUCUUUUGUAUCACGUCGAGCAUUGGAAAGGCUCUCUCAUUCUUCUGUGCAAUUAUGGCCCAGAGCAGGAAUAUCAGGUGGUUCAAACAUCCUUGUCCAAGCCAUCAUUUGAUACAUGGCAGCCGAUAUAUUGUCCUCCAUCUGGAUUUACGAUAAAAGACAUGGAAAUAAUUGCAGACUUUUGCAUUUUAACCACAAGGACACCAUCUCAUAGAAUUGGUCUGUCUGUAAUGUCACUGAAUCAUCCAGAUGUACUCUACACUUUAGAGCUACCGUCAUGGGCCUGUGCGUUUGAGGCCAGAAAAGCAAGUGCUCAAGACAAAACCAAUACGCUGGAGUUUCUGAUCUCCUCUCCUGUUCACCCACCACUGCAUUUCUGUCUGAUCCCUGAAAAAGGAUUGAUUCUAAGUGCUGAAGGAAAUCAAAACUCCACUGAUCACCUCAACACUAUUACAACCACUCGUCUGGAAGCUCGCAGCAAAGAUGGGACACUGGUGCCAAUCACGCUGUUCCAUGCUGCACGUUUGAAGGCUUUGGAUAAAGUGCCUUUGCUUGUUCAUGUUUAUGGAUCUUAUGGCCGGGACCUUAGCAUGGAGUUUAGUCCUAAGAAAAGACUUCUGUUACAGCUGGGUUGGGCUCUGGCAUAUUGUCACGUCAGGGGUGGGGGAGAACGUGGUCUCUCGUGGCACAGACAGGCUCGCCGUGAAGGCAAACUCAAAAGUGUGGAGGACCUGGUGGCUUGUGUCCAACAUCUUUUCUCUUCUGGGGUGUCUUCAUCCACAGUCACUGCCCUCACCGCCUCCAGUGCUGGGGCCAUUCCAGUGGGGGCCCUUUGCAAUCUUCACCCACAUCUGAUACAGGCUGUUACGCUCCAGGCUCCCUUUUUAGAUGUCCUUGGAACAAUGAUGGAUUCUAGUCUGCCUCUGACAAUUGAGGACAGAGAAGAAUGGGGCGAUCCUGUGGAAAAUACUUCACACAGACUUGCCAUUUCCAGUUACUGCCCCCUUCACAACAUUACUCCUCAGAGGUAUCCAUCCAUGCUAUUAACGGCCUACAGUGCCGAUUCCAGAGUGCCUUUGCGUGGUAUUCAGAAUUAUGCUGAGAAGAUACAAAAGGCUAUUAAUUCCCAUCUCUCCUUAAUUCCGGAAUCAGGAUGUGAACACAAGCCAAAUGUUGUACUAAAUAUCCAACCAGGAGAAAAUCAUAACGGACAAGAAGACUUUGACUUGAUGGUUAAAGAGGAUGCCCUUGAGCUUGCAUUCCUGUACACAGAGCUGAGGCUAGACCUUCCAACUCAUUUACGAAGGAAAAGGAGGUACAGCAAUGUCAACCCAACAUCCAAAGAAUAA